CAUCGCGUCCCGCGACGAGCGCAUCGCCGUGCCCGCCAAGAUGACGGGCAUUCUUGCAGGAGGCCAAGCGCAGGAGCACCCGCCAAGCCCAUGUUCACGUUCAAAGGAGCCCAAGGUGAGCCCGAACCCCGAGCUCCUGUCGCUUUCCCAAAGCGCGGAGGGCAAGCGCGGCGCGGGGGCCGACUCGGGGCCCGAGGAAGACUACCUGAGCCUCGGGGCGGAGGCCUGCAACUUCAUGCACGGCGCCGCCGCCAAGCAGAAGACGCCCCCGCCCGUGGCCCCGAAGCCCGCAGUCAAGGCCUCCUCCUCCUCCCAGCCCGCGACGCCCGUGUCUCCCGUGUCUCCAGUCUGGUCUCCGGGCGUGGGUCCAGCCCCGCAGCCGGCCUUCCCCAGGCCCCCGCCUUUGCAGGGCUCCGUGGAGUCAUCCAUCAAAAUAGCGCAGCCGUCUUACCCUCCGCCCAGGCCCGCCAGCGCCCUCAACCUGGCCGGUCCCUUCAGAGGCCCCCAGGCGGCGGUGGCCAGCGUGAACCACACCGCCAAGCCAGCGGGCCCCACCCCGGCCGGGAGCGCCUCGCACGUGAGCGCCGCGGGCCCGCCCAGCGAGCUUCCGGGGAUGCAGGGGAAAGGGGCCCAGCUCUUCGCCAAAAGGCAGUCGAGGAUGGAGAAGUACGUGGUGGACUCGGACACCGUGCAGGCCCACGCCGCUCGCGCCCAGUCCCCCACGCCGUCGCUCCCGGCCGGUUGGAAGUACUCCUCCAACGUGCGAGCGCCGCCCCCGGUGGCCUACAACCCCAUCCACUCGCCCUCCUACCCGCUGGCGGCUGUCAAGUCCCAGCCUUCGGCCCCGCAGGCCUCCAAAACCAGCAAGAAGAAGGGCAAGAAGCCGCUCAACGCUCUGGAUGUCAUGAAGCACCAGCCCUACCAGCUCAACGCAUCCCUGUUCACUUUCCAACCCCCAGAUGCCAAGGCAGGCCUCCUCCAGAGGUCACCGGCCAAGGUCAACACCGGCCCGGCCCCCAGGCAGGCCCUCCCGCCCCGGGCCAUCAAUGCCAGCUCGCCCACUGAUGCCAGCUCGCCCACCAACGCACAGGCCGCGUCCGUGUACUCGCUGCCGGCCUACAGCCCCCAGCCGGCCUUCUUCCCCGAGGCCGCCUCCCCGGUCAGCGCAUCCCCGGUGCCCACGGGCGUCCCCGUCUCUCCAAAGCAAGAGGUGGCCUCCACGGCGUAUCUGGUGGCACCGCGGCCCAAGUUCUCGGCCAAGAAGAGUGGCGUCACAGCGCAGGAGAGUGGACGCUCGCUGUCUCUCCCGGGAAGACCCGUCCCACCCACCGUUUCUGCGACACCUGCCUGGGCGCGCCGGCCUGCUCUCCGCCACCCCGCCCAGCCGGCCUCGGGGCCCGAGGGAGCACACAGGAGACUCGCUCCCUGGGAAGCAGCAGCCGAGUCUCCUCUGGGUCUCGUGGAGGAGGCCUUCCGGCCCAGAGACAUCCGGGACUCCGUCGUGGCCAACGUGGUCUCGGCCGCUCGCAGGAAGGUGCUCCCGGCACCCACGGAGGGGUGGGGUGACGGGCUGCCCCAUGCCCCGAAGGCCCCAAUGGCCAGUGUGGGCCUGUGCGGGAGCCGAGAGUAUCACGGGGCACCCCUCCCCAACAGUAGUGUCCCCACCCACUCCCAGUGGCUGCACGCCUCUUACAGGCAGCCUUCCAGGAAUGAUUCUUGGAUGACAUCCCUGGAGACCCGGUCCGAGUACUGCCUGUCGGCAGCCGAGGGCAACUACAACCCCUACCCCAGGGGGUGGAGACGCCCCACAUGAGGCAGAAGGUGGGUCGUGGGCCCCGUCACGGUCGCUUUUAGCGAUGUCCCUCGGCAGGGCCUCUGACGCCUGCGGUAGCUUUAGAUUCACUUUGGUCUUAGCGUGUUCUCGAAGUCACCUGAGGGUGUGUGUGUGUACGUGCACGCGUGAGCACGGAUCAGGCCCGUGUCUGCUGACGCACAGAACCUAUUUGAAGAGAAAAAUCCAUUCCCAGUGUGGACAUGCUGGCUGGCAUCUCACUCAUCACUGUAAUCCCACAUCUGCCACGGGGAGCGGGGAGUCUCGCACCCGAAGCCCCUCGGGUACCACGGAGGAAGCCCUUUCCUCUGUGCGGCCCGGUCCAGGCAGGAGCGCGUGAGACACAGCGCCCACGGCCGCGAGCAGCAACGCCAGGGACUGUAACGUGGGAAGCUCUCAGCAGAGCCGGGCAGUGAGGGCUACAUUCACCACGAGCCCCUGGGUGUUAUUUGAAGCCUUUCGCAGAAACAUUUCAAAAAAUCGGAAUAAAAUUCAGAUGAUUUUGUAGAGCGGCCACAUCGGCAUUCUCAGCAAGAAAGAGCUGCCUGAGAGGAAGACAGUUACAUGUUGCAGAAGGAUGUUUGAGUGAACAGUGUCACGUGUGGGGAAUAGAAAGGCCUAGGUA